UGGAACGAAGGUGCAGGAAGAUCUAGUCCGUGUUGGGUGAUUCCCUAUUUGAGCAUAUCCAAAGGCAAAAUUGCAGUCUUUCGUAGUUUUAGCUAUGCGCGGAACCCUAGUUCUGAGCGAAAGUGCAGGAGGAACUCCUGGGAGGGUUGGAAUAUUCGCCACAUCUCUCGUGAGUCGAGGCCUGUGCCAUAGUGGAUCUGAAUUGUUUAACAUGCUUCGUUCCUCACGCGCUCAACAACUACUACGGAAUAGGCGAAGAUACCGAUGGUUGGGGCCUUGGGGGUAAUUGUGUUAGGUGGUGGUGACUACCUUCAGCUCCUUGGAAUCCCAAUGACGAUUUUGCCCCUUUCUGCGUAACUAACUCUUCCUAACCAACUUAAAGAGAGAGAGAGAGAGAGAGUGAAGGUUUGGUGAAUCACUGAGGCAGAGCUUUUGAUAAUUGGAUUCAAGGUUUUAGGUCUCUCUUCGCCUUCGUCUGCUUCGCUCCACCUUAACAACAACAAUAAUCACAAUGUCUUCCUCCGCGAAGGCGUCUGGUCGUUUUGCUUCAGUGUAUAGCGAAGUUCAGACAAGCCGUCUCAACCACUCACUCCCUCUCCCUUCUGUUCUCAAGAACCCCUUUAAUAUCGUCGAAGGUCCUCCUAGCUCUGCCGCAGGAAACCCAGAUGAGAUUGCUAAGCUGUUCCCAAAAGUCUUUGGGCAACCUUCUUCAAUCUUGGUGCCUAGUGAUUCAGCGAAUUCUCAAGUGAAUCAUAGUUUGAGAAUUGGUGUUGUGCUUUCUGGAGGCCAGGCUCCUGGAGGACACAAUGUCAUCUCUGGAAUUUUUGAUUAUUUGCAGGAUCGUGCAAAAGGAAGCACAUUGUAUGGAUUCAGGGGUGGUCCUGCUGGGAUCAUGAAGUGCAAAUAUGUUGAACUGACGGCAGAUUUCAUCUAUCCUUACAGAAAUCAGGGUGGAUUUGAUAUGAUCUGUAGUGGAAGGGACAAAAUUGAAACUCCAGAGCAGUUUAAGCAAGCGGAAGAAACAGCAUUGAAACUAGAUUUGGAUGGGCUUGUUGUUAUUGGUGGGGAUGACUCAAAUACAAAUGCCUGCCUUCUCGCUGAAAACUUUAGAGCGAAAAAUAUCAAGACCCGGGUGAUUGGAUGUCCGAAGACCAUUGAUGGUGAUUUGAAAUGCAAGGAGGUCCCGACUAGUUUUGGAUUUGAUACUGCAUGCAAGAUAUAUGCAGAAAUGAUAGGAAAUGUGAUGAUCGAUGCUCGCUCUACUGGGAAAUACUACCAUUUUGUGAGGCUUAUGGGGCGUGCAGCUUCUCACAUUACAUUGGAAUGUGCUCUGCAGACACAUCCAAACAUUACUAUCAUUGGAGAAGAGGUUGCUGCCAAAAAACAGACACUGAAAAAUGUUACAGACUACAUUACAGAUGUUAUUUGCAAGCGUGCAGGGCUUGGCCAUAACUAUGGUGUUAUACUUAUACCAGAAGGCCUAAUUGAUUUUAUUCCCGAGGUACAACAACUUAUUGCAGAGCUGAAUGAAAUCCUAGCUCAUGAGGUUGUUGAUGAAGGUGGCCAAUGGAGAAAGAAACUUACAGAUCAAUCUAAUCAGCUUUUUGAAUUUUUACCAGAUGAAAUUCAGGAGCAGUUGAUGCUUGAAAGAGAUCCACACGGAAAUGUUCAGGUUGCAAAAAUCGAGACAGAAAAAAUGCUUAUUCAAAUGGUUGAAACUGAGUUGAAGCAAAGGAAAAAGAAGGGAGUCUACAAGGGCCAGUUCAAGGGGCAGUCUCACUUUUUUGGUUAUGAGGGUAGAUGUGGUUUGCCAACGAACUUUGAUUCUACAUACUGCUAUGCACUGGGCUAUGGUGCUGGAGCACUCCUCCAUUCUGGAAAGACGGGACUCAUCUCCUCGGUGGGGAAUUUGAGUGCUCCUGUUGAAAAAUGGACUGUUGGGGGGACUGCAUUAACUUCAUUAAUGGAUGUGGAGAGGAGACAUGGAAAAUUCAAGCCUGUGAUCAAGAAGGCUAUGGUUGAACUUGAAGGUGCACCAUUCAAAAAAUUUGCAUCCAUGCGGGAUGAGUGGGCCAUCAAGAAUCGAUACGUCAGUCCAGGUCCCAUCCAGUUUAUUGGCCCUGCAGCAAAUGACAUCAGUCACACUCUGCUGUUGGAGCUCGGAGCUCAAGCAUAGGAAUUCUUGAAAAUUUAAUCAACCAAUACGCCCAUUUCUGAUGUACACGUGGCAACAUUAAUAAGCUUCCAUAUUGGAUGCCUAUGCAAAAUUUCUUCAAAAAAAGCAAGGGGUUGGGGUGAAUUUUUACAUGUAUCUCCUUCCACCUUGUGUGCCCACUGCCCUCUUCUUCUUCUUCUUCUUUUUCUGGGUUUUUAGAAGCCCACUGCCAUCUUCUUCUUCUUUUUCUGGGUUUUUAGAGUACUCACUGUUGGUUUUCAUCUUUACUGAAAUAACCCAAUUUGACAGCUUAGGUCAACUUUUAAGAAAAAAAAUUCCUUUUCAAAUCUCA